AUGGUUCAACCAGAGACAAAUUCGGGCUUUUGGGAAAGAUUAGUGUUACAAAAUGCCAUGUACUAUGUUGAUGCUAAUUAUUAUGGGAUAUUAAAGGGUGUUGGGGUAGUUGAUGGCCGGGCGGUUGGGGAUAAGCGUAUGGAGUUGUUGCGGAUAGGUGAGAAGUACCAGUGGGUGGUGGCUGAGAUAGAAAGAAUGGAGGCGGAAAUUGUCGGGUUAAGAAAGAAAGCAAGAAAGAAGAUUGUGCCUGCAACUAUACCUUUGCAGUCGUUGGUCAAGAAAGUAGUGGGGAAUAGACAGGCUAUGUACUUGCCAGGAAGUGCUGAAGGUUUGGGUGGGUUGGGUGGAGAAGAGGAGGAGCUGGUUUAUCGUCUGAACUUUAGUGAGCGAGAAAUCGAGGUAGGUUUAGGUAAUGGUUGUGGUGGUGGUAGUGGUGGUAGUGAUGAUAAGUUGGAAGUGCUUAGUACUAGUUGGAUAAAGGACGUAGAGAGUAAGUUGGUUAAGGAUUUAUUGGGUUAG